AUGUCUACCAGUAUCCGACAAGCAACGCCCGACGAUCAACCCAUCAUCGAGGCAAUUAUACAAGAAGCCUUUUCUAUCUACAUCGCUCGCAUUGGAAGGAAGCCCCAGCCGAUGCUAGACGACUACACUGCACUGAUCAAAGACGGAGUCGUCUACGUGAUCGAGCGAGACGGUGAAAUAAAGGGCACCGUCAUGCUUGUCCCCCAGGAGGGUUCCAUGAUAGUGGAUAAUUUAGCCGUAGCUGAGUCUGCACGGGGUACUGGGUUAGGUCGCAAGCUUUUGGAGUUCGCUGAUGAAUCGGCUCAGUUGGCAGGCUAUCACACCCUUCAGCUGCAUACGAAUGAAACGAUGGUUGAGAAUAUAGCCAUAUAUACACGGAUGGGCUAUGCGGAGACACAUCGUGCGGAUAAUAGGGGGUGGAAGCGAGUUUACAUGGCGAAGAAUUUAGAUUGA